AUGCGGGAUGACAGGAGCACCAUCACAGAAGAAGAAGUUCAGAGGAUGAAGGAGCAAUUCAUGUCUGUCUAUGAUGUCACCACAGAUGGACGCUUGCAAAUCCAGGAGCUUGCAAAUAUGAUGUUGCCGGAUGAUGAGAAUUUCCUACUGCUUUUCCGACGGGAGACUCCCUUGGACAACAGCGUGGAAUUCAUGCGGAUCUGGCGCAGUUACGAUGCUGACAGCAGUGGAUUUAUUUCAGCUGGUGAACUCAAAGAUUUCUUGCGAGAUCUCUUUUUGCAGCAUAACAAGAUGGUUGCUGAGGUGAAGCUGGAAGAAUAUACUGAUACUAUGAUGAAAAUCUUUGACAAAAACAAAGAUGGACGACUGGACCUGAAUGACCUGGCAAGGAUUCUGGCGCUCCAGGAAAAUUUCCUUCUACAAUUCAAGAUGGAUGCUUCCAGCACAGAAGAAAGGAGGAGAGAUUUUGAGAAGAUCUUUGCACACUACGAUGUUAGUAAAACAGGAGCGCUUGAAGGCCCAGAAGUGGAUGGAUUUGUCAAAGACAUGAUGGAACUGGUCAAGCCCAGCAUUAGUGGGGUAGACCUGGACAAGUUCCGCCAGAUCCUGCUCAACCACUGCGAUGUGAACAAGGAUGGGAAAAUUCAGAAAUCUGAACUAGCUUUGUGUCUUGGGCUGAAAAUUAACCCAUAGCUGGGUUGUGGUUGUGGUUGUGUUUCCCUUGAAAGAUUUCCCUGCUGCUCCCCAUAGAAGUGUGUUCUGUGCUGCUGUGGGAGUGGUGGGGAGCUGAGGCACCACGCUGCCAGGCUGGAGAGUGGGAUUUACAUGGCGGCCUCCUCACUCCACCCACUCCUUUGUGAUGUUCACUUGCUGCUGCCUCUUGUGGGUCUCCCUAGCAAUGUCUACUCAGAGGACAGGUUGCUGUUAUUCUCAUGAAAUGCUGCCCUGCCCAUUCUCCCAGGAUAGAAACAAGCAUCUGCUCAAAAACAUCCCCUCAGUGCUUUCAGAGUGCAGCUACUAGGUGUUUCUGAUGGUCACUUUGUAUGUGUGAAGUCAUUCCUUUGGUGAACAUUGUGCCUCAUGCAUUUAAAAUAUUGGAUGGAUGACAGUGUAUUUGUGCAGAAAUAAAAUGGUAAUUACAGAAA